CAUCAUGAAUCGGCCGCGCUCUGUAACGGAUGCUUGGGUUUGGAAAGUCUAGCCGCUACAGCUUUGCUACAUUCUCGAUGGUCAGGAGUGCAUCUCAAUGCAAGGUUCAGUAAAGUUUGGUGGCCAUGGCUGCCUGGUUCGUUUAUGUACCGGUACCUACCGUGUCAGUGCACCCAAUGCACGGAGUCCACCAAUGCACGGGGAUCGCGAUUAACAACCCAUUUUCAACGCGUAACAACUCAACCACCAUGGCACCUAUUAAUAAUGCGCUUGCAGCAAUUCAAGCGCUAAAACUAGGAGAAAACCUUGUGUAUCAGGAAAUAGCUAAUUGAUAUAGUGUUAACGUACCUCACGGGCGAAUGGAUCACCGAGCGAGUGGAUCACUUUUGCCAAGACCCCAACAAAC